AUUCAGAAAAGUCUGGUAAACAAAAUGUUGAGCCAACAACUGAGCACCGACCGUCCAGGGGUGGCGUCGCCCGUCUGGACGGAAAAGGCCAAACGGAGGCAGCAAAGCUGCGACUACCAGGAUGAUACCGAGACUACACCGCUUAAUGUUGAGGAUGAAGAGGGUUCAACGCCCUUAAACCGUCGCAAGGAAGAGGCCAAAGUGUUGCGCAUUCUUCGGAGAAGACUCGCUCUUGUGGCCGAGGAGCGCCAAGUGCCUUCCGAAAUUCCACCAAUCUGUGACAUGAACCAGCCAACCAACGUAUUGGCAAAACUUUUACGCAAAAAACAGCCACUGGCACCGAGUCCACUUUGGGCGCAGCUGGACACCGACUGGGGCGACAGCGAAUUCAUUUCCGACUGCAUUCGGUGGCACAACAUUUUUCGGCAAAAACACAGCGCAGAACCGCUCACAAUGUCAUCUCAGCUGUGCGCUUACGCUCAAGCGUGGGCAAAUCACUUGGCGCACACCAACACCUUCUACUAUCGCAACGACCGACAAAUUGGGCAGAAUCUAUUUUGCAGACCAACCGGGCCCCAGGCGCAUGUUGAAAUCUCAGGUCGCGAUGUGGCUCUCCAUUGGUACGGCGCAAUGCGGCAAUACGAUUUUUUCAAAGGGGCUGAUCGACUCCAUGCGAACGUCAACGCAGGUCACUUUACGCAAUUAGUGUGGGGCUCGAGCAAGCAGCUUGGACUCGGAAAAGCGCAAAGUCGUAACGGCCGAGUUGUUGUGGUCGCCAAUUAUUAUCCCCCAGGUAAUGUAAAUGGCCUGUAUCAAAAAAACGUUCGGCCGCCACUGCCAGGCAGCGACCUUCGCUUUGACAUGUCUAUGGUGCAUGAGGGCACCGAGAGUGCGUCCGGCUACAGCCUCAGCUCGUCUUCCUCAUCCGUCGACUCGGAAGAAUCGAGCGUAAUGGGAACUCACACACUUCUUCCCCACCACAGAAUGCAUCGCCACUUAUCCAACGCCAAAUAAUUUUUAGAUGCAUUCAAACAAAAAGAGGUGGCUCAUUCUUUAACAAUUAACGUCCCAUUGAAUUUAUUUACAAAUAAUUGUAUUUAUUAAAUUUUGCAGCGUUUAAGAAAAAUGAAAUCCUUUCAGGAAAUGUCCAUUUGCAAAUGGUGAAUUUUGGACGGAAAAAGUAAUUUAAGUAAAAAUGCCAAAGUUGAUGAAACAUAAACUGUAUGUUUUGAUAUUGAAUUCAAUUUACUCCAAAUGAUACUAAACUUGUUGGUUAUUAAAUAUUUAGAAAUAUAUUACUUUUAUUUAUUUGUAAGCGAUAAUAAUGUGAUCACCAAGGAUAAAAGGUAAAAUACUAUAAUUUAUAGAACAUCUGAAAAGAGUGGAAAAUUUACAGCAGCAAUUCAAAAGUAACACCAACGCAUAAAUACAUAGCAUUUUGUGUUUCAAUAUGUAUUAUAUCCAUUCAAACAGUAAAGAGAUUUGCUGAAUAAAUUCCAACAAAAUUUUUUGUAUAGAGCAGAGAAGGUCCUUUAAAAUUUAACAGACUAGAUCUAGAUAUAUUGUAAAUUAUGUAUCUGUUUUAACUCAUUGAUAGUUUGCAAUAUUGUUAAUAAGUUGUGAUCAGUUGUGAUUUAAAGUAAUUAAAUUUGCAAAAUAUCUUUCAAAUGUAACAAGCCAAAAAUGUUUACAUUGGUAAAAAGCAGUCUAUAUGGAGAAUAUACAAUAAU